AUUCCCGUAAACCGCGUCUGACGGAGUGACCAUGACCGCAUCCGAGGAACCCCCAGCCCAGCCCGCCUGGUUCGAAACCGAGGUCACAUCCAUCAACCCCACCGCGCAACGCUUACUCGAGAGCUACAGCAAUCUCAAGCCAGACGAAGUCAUCCCCCAUGUGCUAGCAGUGCGCGAUGAGGCCUUCAAGGUGUGCCAAUACCCCUGCAUCGGCCAAAUGCGCUUCCUGUCCUUCAACCUCGCCACCCUCCCCUUCUAUCCCCAGGUGAUGGACCACCUCCGCGCGAACCCCGCCGCCGGCUUCCUGGACGUGGGCUGCUGCGUCGGACAGGAAAUCCGCUACCUCGCCAACGAGGGUAUCCCUGGCCGCCAGCUCUUCGGUUGCGACCUCGAGCAGAUCUUUAUUGAUCUGGGUUACCGACUCUUUCGCGAUGCCGACCGUCUGGAUGCGACGUUCGUCACUGGAGAUCUUACCGCGGAUGAGGACGAGGAGUUUGCAAGGGAGAGACUCGCGCAGACGGUGAAUGGGAAGAUCGAGGUCGUACUAACAAACUCUGUACUUCAUCUGUGGGAAUAUGAGACCCAGGUCAAGGUGGCCGCGCGACUGGUCCGGCUGUGUAAGGACCAACCCGGGGUGAUGAUUGCCGGGCGGCAGAUGGGGACGCGGCUGGCGGGACACUACACGAUGCACGGGUUCAUGAAUGACCAAGUGCAUUAUCGACACAAUGUAGAGUCGAUCAAGGGAUUUUGGUAUGAUGUUGGGCAGGUGACUGGGACGCGGUGGCGGGUGGAGGCCGAGUUGUACUGGGAGGAGGAGUGGGAGAAGACGCGGAACGUGUCCUUUACCGAUGAGAAUGUGCGGAUGCUUUGGUUCUGCGCGGUGAGGGAGUAACCUGAGGAUAUAGGUGCAUAGAGGUGGUCUUGCAUGCAACACGAGUAACUGCUUAUUUCUCACAUACAUAACUGUCAGACUUUGGGAGUACUAGGCAACUGUCUGCCUCAAUGCACCGGCGAUGGCUAAACAGCACCCGGAUGUUCGUCGGGCUAGCCAC